AUGCGCGCUCGUGGGUGCGACAUCGCAGUGGUAACGUCCUCGAAGCACUUUUUCGUGCCUAGCACGCCUGAAGAUAUUGCUGCGUACCGUGUCAACAAUAACCGACGAUUGGAAGGCCUUAUCGAGGAUGUUGUUGAUGUCGCAAAAGAUAUGGGCUUCUCUCAGACCACCAUUAACGGCAUCACGGACGGAUUGGGUACAUGCGUUGAUCAUCAGCAUCUAUGGGUGGAUGCGACAUAUGAACAGCUGGCUGCCAUGGUCUUGUACCUGAGCGCUGUACGCGCCGGCAUUGAACAGCCUGGUAGGUUGAACCAGCUAUCGAUGUGCGUUGGUGCAUCAAUGAAAGGUAUUAAGCAGCUACUUCCCGCAGUGUCAAAACUGCUCAUCGAUAGAAGCGCGAGGCUCGCCAUUGCUGACUUCAUGCAAACAUUCGAGAAGACAUGUCCUGCGUAUCAGAAGCACUCAAAGGAUCUUGCGCGGCUACAGUUGAAGCUAUGGCGCCUAGUACUAAACCGCUGUCUCUUCCCGUUUGAGUUUAUCGCGGCGAACUGGCGACACAUCGUCACAUCGUGCAUAUAUGCAGUGACUACAGUCAACGACGUCUAUUUUGAUACCGAGGAGAUCAGCGCUGCGAUAGGUGCGCGUAGCCCUAGCAUUGAUGGCGAGGACAUGAACACAUACCUGCUCUCCAUUAUUGUGGACGAUAAAGCUUACCAGAUCAAGGCGAUGAACACCAAAGCGCGGCGCCGACUCGACAUGUUUCACCACAUGAGCGAAUUAGCAUACAAGCUCAAAGACUGA